AUGCAUGGUUUGCUCCGUGAACUGCUCCAUCUUAUUGCGUACACAUGCGACAUCUCAGCAUGUACCACCUUCGGCGAUGAUAGAGGGGUAUACAGCCAUUUCGUGGAUGCCGCUAGCGGAAGUUAUCCAAUCCGACGACCAUGGUCGGAGGAUGAGGGCGACGUGGUUAUUUAUCAGGAUUUCGCUGGUGACGAAGUCAACUGCAGAUUGGUUGGACUCGGUUUGGACCAUUUCGCAGUUGACGACAACGGCACUGAACUUGGUGAUUGUCGGAAGGAACGGGCGUUAUGGAUGUUGUGA